CUUGUUAAUCUUCUAUCGAAGUUAAUAAAAACUUGCCAGCAGAGAUACGAUAAUGGCGGGUGGAAAUUUUGUGCACAGAGUGAUGUCUUAUCUUGUUAAUGAGAUUGUCGUGAAUGGUCUUGCCAACAGUCCUGCAUUCCAACGGUUUGCUGUGAGGACAUCAAAGAGGAUUGAAGAUAUUUCUAGUAAGGCUGUUCAGAAGAGGCAAGAACUUGCUGAGCAGAUGAAAGAUUUCUCAAAAAAUUUUGAGUCUAAGAACCAGUGAUUCAUACAAUAGAAUGUUGGAUCUGGUACUGCACCAUACAGAAUAAUUUCUACACUUUUUCACCAUAAGGAUUGGCCGAAACGAGUUUUGCAAUAUUGGGUUUAGUGUCGCAGUAACUGGUUAUCUCUGAUGUAUCAUGUAGCUUUUUUUUUAAUAUAAAUUGUAGCUAUCUACUUAGUCGUGGUAAUAUAAAUAAAUAUCUGCAUUUGUGGAGGUUUAUCUGUAUUUCAA